AAUCGGGACAAUAUACGAAGACGUGACGACCGAGGUAUUGGGUAAUAUUGGAAUCUGGCAAUGGCUGGUCGUGGUGGCCUCGACAGUGCUCGCUGUGCCCUCAAUGUUCAAUCAGUACGAAGACAUGUUCCUCUUGAAACCAUCACUAGAGGUCAUAUGCAUCCCACCAGAACGGUACGAGGUUCUGAAUGCCAGUUUAUGUACCGUUACUUCCAUAAACAACGCAGCAGCGCAACUCAAAUGCGGCAAAUGGCAUGUAAAAUUGUUUUGGUUGAUUUGGCUCAAAAAAUCGUGGCUGGUGUUUUGCGACAACAAGAUGAAACUACUAUCCACAACAAUGAUAUCCCGCAUGGGCCUAAUGUUCGGAUGUGUAAUGUUUGGAUUAAUUGCAGAUAGCUGUGGAAGACGUAUGGCUAUUGCGAUCAAUCUGUUCGUGGACAUGUGCAUGGGACUAAUUAUGACUUUCUGCGAUUCUCAACCCUGGUUCCAGUUGCUGGUGUUCUUAAAGUCUUUAUUUGGAGCUGCUACCCUUUACAUGGGACUAGUAAUCACCUGCGAGAUAGCUAGUAACCGAUGGCGAUCGCGCCUGAACGCGAUAGCAUCUGUGCCUCAGUUGCUAUCAAUGACGUGCAUGCUUCCUUUAGCCAACGCCUUUCCAAAUUUGGAAACUUACAAUUUUAUGGCCACCUUAUUCAGCGUUCUACUCAUUAUUAUUUUAAGGUGGAUUCCAGAAUCACCUCAAUGGCUAUUGUACAACCGGAAAAUAAUUAAGGCAGAAAAAAUUCUCUAUGAAGCUGCUAAAAGGAAUGGUACCAGCCUUUGCGAAGAUUUUAAAAUAAGGCCCGUCAAUCAUAGAGCUUACCAUUGCUUAGACGAGAUACGAACAUGCUCUGGGAUAUUCACAAGAUACAACGUCAGAGUUCUGAUCUUAGUGUCUCUCCUUCUAUGGUCUUUAACUUAUUUUCAACUGAGCUACAUUUAUGCCACCGUUCUCAAGGAGGACAAUUCAAAUCAAUAUUUGUUUGCAUUGAUGAGUUCGGUAGUUGGCUUGGUCAGUCUAACAAUUUUGCUGUCUAGAAAAAUAUUGAUAAGACAUUUGCUAAUUUUAAAUAUUAUAAUAUCAGGUAUUUCUGCAAGUGCUGAAGUUAUAUUGGGUCAUAUAACAAUAUUCCACGCACCAAAAAUAUUCUCUAUAUUCGCUUUAGCAUCAGGCAUAGUUGUGCAUUUGUUGCUUCUCAACAUAACUCCUCGUCUCUUCGCUAUCAACAUAAGGGCGACUCUGUUUGGAUGCUGCCACGCCAUAGGUCAGCUGGGGAGUAUGUUCAGCUACCUGUUCUUCGUCUUCCAACCAUUUAGUAACGAGGUGUCUGUUGUCAAAGACGUGGUCAUCACGGCAGUCCUGAUCUCGUUGAGCUUAAUACUCCUCGACAUUGAUGGAAGAGAAAUGCCGGACGUGAUUGAUGAUAUGGACUAUUUUUCGGAGUUGUCCAAGCCACUACGCUGGGCUACACAAAAGACUAACUCCCCAUCGCACGAAGAAGUUGAAAUGAGGAUUUACUCCUUCGGCAGUAGCGGCCGCCAAGUUUCCCAUCCCCAUUCCCUGGACCGCUUACCGGCUCAAAGGAUAGGGUUCGGCAAAUUUCGACGAAGUCUCUUUGCGAACAUUCGACGAAUUUUUUCAAGAAACUCCGAUUAA